CAUUAUAGUAAAAUAGAAUUUGCCAAGGUGUUAGGGCUUCGACUUUCAUAUAUGUUCAUCCUUGACCUUUAAUAAACCGCGGCGCAAAAUUUUCCCUCCUUCCUCCGCGAGUACAUAUCAGUGCAGAUCUGUAUAACACUCUCUUCAAGGAAAGCGACAUCUUGCCUGACCAUCAACCAGAAAUGUCGGGAGAAGAAGGUUCUGUUGCAACUGAGACUACACCCGCACCUUUGGGUGAAACCAUGGAUAUCACGACUGCCUUGCAGCUUGUGCUGAGGAAGUCACUUGCUCAUGGAGGGCUUGCACGAGGGCUGCAUGAAGGUGCCAAGGUGAUUGAAAAGCACACUGCUCAGCUCUGUGUACUAGCUGAGGAUUGCGACCAGCCAGAUUAUGUUAAGCUGGUGAAGGCUCUUUGUGCCGAUCACAGUGUCAAAUUAAUGACAGUGCCUAGUGCUAAAACUCUUGGCGAGUGGGCUGGUUUGUGUAAAAUUGAUUCUGAAGGGAAAGCGAGAAAGGUUGUUGGUUGCUCCUGCGUUGUAGUUAAGGAUUUUGGAGAGCAGACAGAGGGUUACAAUGUUAUCCAGGAGUAUGUGAAGUCCCAUUAAGUUAAAAAUUUUAGAAAAGAGAGGCUCUGUUUUACAUUGAGAGAUUGGUCCUUAUUUAGCUCAGACAUUUUCAUUCUUCAUGGUGACAGAUGCUUGAUAUUAUGAAAGGCAAGAUAUUCAAUUUUCAGUUUUGC